UCCAGACCAGAGUUUCAGUCCCUCUUUUUUCUGUCUCUCUCUCUCUCCCUCUCUCUCUCUUUCUUCACCCCCUCUCUCUCUCCCUUUCACUAAUUUAUCCCGAUGUUAGCACAUUCUGUCUUGUUACAAGCGGACGCCUGUAGGUUUGUUCAUAGGGAUCAUUACUUAACUGAUCAGGAUGGCUGUGAAAUCUCUGUUUAAAGGAAAGACGUGAUUGAAGUGAUGGCAAGGAAAUAAAACCCACAACUUUUUUUUUCCUCCCGUGCAUUUUUUGGCAUGUCAUUGAUUUUUUUUAUUUUUUAUUUUUCCAUGGUUGAAAUUUUAAGACCAUUUCGGCUAGUGUUUCUGUCUUCAGUUUAAAUCCCAAAUGUAAAAAAACUCAAAGGAGGGAAGACUGACAAGAGAGGAAAAUAGAAGGGGAAAAAACCCAAAUCUGAUGUUUUUCUUGAGAAGGGAUCUUGCGAAUUACAUGAUUGCCCUCUGGUUGGGAUACAUGACUUGCUGUCUUCUGCCUCAUCAGUGGUGCUUAAAUAAAAUGAGGGCAGCUUGUACUGAUUGUACGCUUUGUCGGAUUCUUUCCCGGUGGCCUUAUUAAGGAAUAAAAAAUGACAAAACAGGAGUAAUAAGGAGGUGUAAUCCAACUGCAGAAAGUCACAUUUGGACAGUUAUUGAAGUACUUAGGACAAAAUACCUAAUAUUUCCAUGGAAUAAAUUGGAUUUAUUUAUUUUUUUAUUUUAUUUUUUGAACUGUGACACUGCUCCAUGGAAAUCAACGAAUGUCAACUUUUCUUUGCAAACAAGUUUAUGGGAAUGUAAUACUCUCAGUCUUAUGUUCAGGAUGUCAGUAAGCACUUCUACUAUAUGUAAAGGUGUGGAUUCAAAUGCAGUUGAUGUCUAUGACAGUGGAGAUGAUUGGGAAAUUGGUGUUGGAAAUUUGAUUAUCGAUCUGGAUGCUGAUUUGGAGAAGGACAGACAGAAAUUUGAGAUGAGCAACUCAACAGGCAGUGGCUGUGCAUCCAAGGACAGUGGACAUUGCUUGGCACCUAGUGGACCAGUUAAUUCUACCUCCUCCACAUUGGCUGACAGUCUCAAAUUUGCCUCUGUGCAGCAGCCCUCGGGGCCCCAAGGGAACAGCCACAAAGAGACAAGCAAAUCAAAAGUGAAAAGGAGUAAAGCUUCUAAGGAUGUUAAUAAGUCAUUGCCUUCUGCAUCUUUGUAUGGGAUUCCUGAAAUUAGUAGCAGCACUGGUAAACGGCAGCAGGAAGCAGGACGCCUUGGAGAAGUGGCGUCAGCAGUUGGCAUGAGUACUGCACUGGGCCCAAACACCAAUGGAGUUGGCCUCACAGCUAAUACUACUUGUGGGAAAAAUGUCAAAGAGGAAAGGACUGGAGGAAAAAGCCAAAGCACUAGGGGCUCCAAAAGGGAUAAGGAUUCUGGAAGGUCUAGAAAGGACAGCACUAAUAAAUUGUAUGACCUUGGGCAUGCUAACAGUGGAGUGAAUACCCAGGCAGUUGUGCAUUUAUACGGAUUUGGAAGUGGCAAGACCCCUGGGAAUAGUAGCCCUUUCCACUGUGGCAGUAGCCUUCAAGGGGAGUUGGCUAAAAAUUCAGUUGAUUCAGGGAUUAUGGGGACCUCUGUAUUGCCUAAAAAGGAAGAGGAUGAUGAAGAAAGUCACAGACGAAGCAAAAAGUUAAAAACAGAAAAGGUUGAUCCCCUGUUUACAGUGCCUGCCCCUCCUCCGCCAGUUUCCAGCAGCAUCACACCUCCGAUUCUGCCAUCUUACUUUUCUCCAUCUUCAACCAUUGCUGCACCAGUGGAGCAGCUAUUAGUACGGACUCGAUCUGUUGGUGUAAACACAUGUGAUGUAGGAGUAGUAACAGAACCGGACUGCCUUGGGCCUUGUGAACCGGGAACCAGUGUCAACUUGGAAGGGAUCGUCUGGCAUGAAACUGAAGAAGGUGUUUUGGUUGUUAAUGUUACAUGGCGGAAUAAGACAUAUGUUGGUACUUUACUAGAUUGCACGAAGCAUGACUGGGCUCCUCCAAGGUUUUGUGAUUCACCUACAAGUGACCUUGAAAUGCGAGGGGGUCGUGGAAGGGGAAAGAGGGCAAGGUCAGCAGCACCAGGAGCAGCAGCAGCAGCACCAGCUCCUGGCAGUGAUGCAAAUUUUACAGAAUCAAGAGGGCUCCACAAUAAAAACAGAGGAGGAGCUCAUGGGAAAGGGAGACGUGGAAGCAUUAAUACAAGUGGUCGUCGGACCCCCCCAAAUUGUUCAAUUGAGGAUGUUAAAGCAAGUCCUUCACCUGUUGGCAAGAGGAAAAAGCCUCCAAUGGAACUAGAUCUCAAUUCCAGUUCAGAGGACUUUAAAUCCGGGAAAAGGGUUCGUUCAAAUUCUCGUAGCAUGCCAACAACUCCACAAGGCAAAAAUGAGAACUCGUUUUUGGACCAAGGCUGCUCUUCUCCAGUUUUAAUAGACUGUCCGCAUCCAAACUGCAACAAAAAGUACAAGCACAUAAAUGGACUGAGAUAUCACCAGGCACACGCACAUUUGGACCCUGAAAACAAACUGGAGUUUGAGCAGGAUAGCGAGGACAAAGUUUCAGACUGUGAGGAAGCUCUGAGCAAUGUUGCACUUGAGUGCAAUGAGUCAAGCACAAAUUUGGAUCAAAUAAAAACACCUAUGUCGCCUGGUUUACAAAGUGCACCUGGCACACCAAAGGGCAAACGGGAUUUGACAAACAACUGUCCAAUCCAGGUUCAUUCCAAAACUGGCAAGAAUUCUGCAAAAAAAAAAGUUCUGAAUGUGGAACUUAAUAACCUUCCUGUAAUAUCAAACAUGUCAGUUUCACUGGAAAAUUGUGCAGUCUUAGAUGGCAAUCUCAUGGUAGAAAUGCCAAAACUGGAAGCAGAAGGACUGAUCGACAAGAAAAAUGAAAAAAGUAAAAAAUCCAACAACUGUAAGGUUGAGAAAAACCUUUCAAAACUGAAAACCGCUCGCCCAAUUGCUCCAGCUCCAGCUCCCACACCUCCUCAAUUAAUAGCUAUACCUAGUGCAGCCUUUACAAACACAACUACAGGAACAAUAACAGGAUUACCCUCUUUAACAACUCCUGUUUGCCAGGCAACACCAAAGAGCCCCCCAUUAAAACCUAUUCAACCAAAGCCUACAAUUAUGGGUGAGCCAAGCACUGUAAAUCCUUCUCUCACAUCACUCAAGGACAAAAAGAAAAAGGAAAAAAGAAAACUAAAGGAGAAGGAAAGUAAAGAUCCCGUAAGCCCUAAGGAAGACUCUAAAAUUUGUAAAGUAGAGGAUUUAAAAGGAUCUGGAAAGGAUUUGCCAAGUAAUUUUUUAAAAGAUCCUCUUAACAAGAGUGAAUCUCUUACUAAUGGACUGUCUGAAACACAAGAAAGCCGAAUGGCAAGUAUCAAAGCUGAAGCAGAUAAGGUCUAUACAUUUACUGACAAUGCACCAAGCCCAUCUAUAGGAAGUGCCUCUAGGGUUGAAUGCAGCACUGUGAUAAAUGGACAGCCCCCGAUGGCUCCGCUGCAUGUCAUGACACAAAAUGGUGGGGAUAGUUCUGCUACUAAAACAAAUAGUCCAGCGUACUCCGAUAUUUCAGAUGCUGCUGAUGAUGGUGGUUCUGAUAGCAGAUCAGAGGGCAUGAGGUCAAAGACUAGCUCCCCCACUGAUAUUAUAUGUAAUCAAGAAGAUGAUAAGGGUCAUUCUACACCUAUUUCUCAGUCAUCUCAGAUGAAAGAAUCUCAUUCUCCAUAUUAUCAUGGUUAUGACCCUUAUUAUUCCCCAACCUAUGUGCAUUCUGGACAGGUCAACACUUCUGUAACUGGAAAUAUUAAUUCUUCUCAGGGUGGCAAAAGCAAAAAAGAAGUAGAUGAAGAAGUUGAAAAGAAAGAGAAAUCUGACAGUAUGGACAGUAAAAAGAAUGACACAAGUUGCACUAAUGUGCCACCUCAGCAUCAAUCUGUUAUCACGCAAAGGCACCCUGCACUAGCCCAGUCACUUUACUACGGACAGUAUGCUUAUGGACUAUAUAUGGACCAAAAGUCUUUAAUUGCAUCAAACCCUGCAUACAGGCAACAGUAUGAAAAAUAUUAUGAAGACCAGAGAAUGGCAGAGCAAAAAAUGCCACAAACUGUAAGGGAGUGUGAAAGAAAAUCUGACAGUUCAUCUAAGGAGCCAGGAAAAGAUGAUGGCAAAUUGAAAAAUAUGCCAUGUGCUACCAUUUCAAAAGCACCUUCUACUCCAGAACCAAGUAAAGUGAACUCUAAAAUAAGUGUUGUCAGUAAAACAGAAGAUCCUGUGAAACCCCAAAUGUUGCCCAAUCCUCAGCAACAGCAACUUCCAUGUGAUAGCUUUAAGGCAAAGCAAAUGGAAAACCACCAACUUAUAAAAGAGGCAGUAGAAAUGAAAUCUGUAAUGGAUUCAAUGAAACAAACAGGAGUAGAUCCCACUGCAAGAUUUAAGCAGGAGGUUGACUCAAGAUGGCACCAUUAUAUUUACCAGUCUAAGUACAUAGAACAACAAAAACCUGAAGAAAUAGAGAGAGACAAGAAGAUAAAGGAAGAGAACUUGCAGAAAACUCCUACUAAAGAAAAUGUGUUAUCAGUGACAUUACCAGUCACAAAAGAGGAGACCAAAGAGGUCAAGCGCCCUGAAUCCCAGUUAGGAGAAGAAAGCAAGAUUAAGAAUGAUGACAGGAAGACUCCUGUAAACUGGAAAGAUUCAAGAAAUGCAAGAGUUGCUGUUUCCUCACCUAUGAGCCAACAUCAAUCAUAUAUUCAGUAUUUGCAUGCCUACCCAUAUACGCAGAUGUAUGAUCCCAAUCACCCAGCAUAUCGGGCAGUGUCUCCAGUUUUAAUGCAUAGUUAUCCAGGGGCUUAUCUUUCUCCAGGAUUUCCUCACUACUCAGUUUAUGGAAAAGUGUCAGGAAGAGAAGAAUCUGAGAAAGCCAGUACCAGUCCUAGCAUGAACUCAAAACCAUCAUCUGAAUCAAAAGCAUUAGACUUACUGCAGCAGCAUGCCAAUCAGUACCGCACCAAGUCUCCCGCUUUGGCAGAAAAAGCUCCAACUGAGCGAGAACGAGAAUCGGAAAGGGAGAGAGAGAGACACUCACCUUUUAGCCAACGGCAUCUUCAUACGCAUCAUCACACACAUGUUGGAAUGGGAUAUCCUCUCAUACCUGGACAGUAUGACCCAUUUCAAGGGUUGACCUCUGCUACCCUUGUUGCCACUCAGCAGGUGGCUACUCAGGCAUCUGCAUCCGGUAUGUUUCCUACACAAAGAAGGGAAUGAAUACAUAGAAAAUGUACAUUAAAUCAUGUGACUGGAUCACAUGGGAGAGUGAUUAAUUACAGACAUCAGUUCAAUGGUGUUUAUCUAAGAAUGCCUAAGUGGGAGGCAAAACACUUCAUUUCAUUUGUUGUAAAUUCCAGAUUCUUGUUUAUUUUUUUUUUAAUAGUGAAAUAAGAUGUUCCUGUAAUUAGAUGUCCAUGUG